GCAGUUCUGUGCAGACGUCGAGCGUUUAUACAAAUUUCUAAUUUCACUCUGCGAUCGUGUUUUGACAGCUACUGGGAUUUUUUGUGAAUUAAAGUAAUAUAGUGAUUCUUUUGUGUCAUUAAAUAAACUUUAUUCAAACAAGUUUUUAAAGGACUUUUGGUGGUGUUGAUAAUUCUUCGCAAAAAUUAAAACUUGGAAAGAAAUUUCGUCUACAUACGGGCGUUAAAGUGAAAGUUAAAUUCAACUGUUUUACCAAUAUUUGGAUACAACUGCGGGCGUUUGUUAUUCGGUAAAUUGAGAUACAGUUUUUCGUACUUUGUAAAAAAAUAUUAGAAAAACUUUCCGUCGUCAUAGCAGCUGGUCGACCCGAAAAGUGUGAUAAUAAAAAUAAACGAUUUGCCGAGAGAUUUAUCUCGUCUUUGAAGUCUUAUUAUGAUUAAUUGCGAUCUUAAGAUGCGGUUCGAAAAGCGUUGAAGUAGUACCAGGUCGAGUUUCUUCAGGCUUUAUGAGGGAGAGAAGAUCAUUACCUAUAAGCGGCGAAGUGGCGUUAAAGAAUGAGAAAGAGAGUAGCAGUGGUAGAGGACUGGUUGUGAACUCUGUUUUGUGCGGUGUUGUGGAUGAACUAUCGAACGGUAGGACUGGCAGGCGAGGGUCGUGGGUUCGCCACGCAGUGAUGGGUGUACUCAGGUGGAAAGACAUAACGGGAGUAAGGACCAGUACUCCUACUGAACAAAAAGAGGUGUCGAGACCGGAGAAUCGUCGCUCGGUGUCAGUGGGCGGCAAUGUGGAAAGACAUUCUUAUGCCGAGGGCAGAGUCCCCGCGCCGCACGGCCCUCCGCCCUCACCUGGCGCGGCGGCUGCACAGCGCAGGGUCGAGGCCGCGUGCCAGGCAAGCAGGAAACUCCUGGAGGAGACCCUUGCUAAGCCAGGAACUCCGCCGACCAUAGUUCUGCCGCCUAGCGGCGGGUACUGGGUGGAUGGGGUGGACGAUACUCCUCCUGAUGGCGAGGAGAGCGAGGCGCGCGCGCAACCCGGCACGCCGCGUCAUAACUCGCGCCGGUAUAACAUCGAUACUGAUGAUACCGCCAAGUACUACAGGCGGUUCUUCUUAGGCAAGGAACACAUAAACUUGGUUGGGUUCGACGAGAACCAGAGCCCGGUGGUGAUGUCCCUGAAGAACGAGCAUAUGGCGGGGCAGGACCACACGCGGAUACUGCUGCGGCUGCGAACAGAGACCAUGCACGGACUCAUACCAGUUACAACAAGAUCUGGUAUAAUACCGUCACCAGCUCGUAUGGCAAAGAUGUUGAACGAACAAGUGAACGUCGACAACUUCAUGGCGGUGACGUGUCUGAGCGCGUCUCCGCUUAUUGCUACCUACGACGAGCACGUGCUCGUCAACAACUUUAAGUUCGGCGUUCUCUACCAGAAGUACGGACAGACUACAGAGGAAGAACUCUUCGGGAACAACGAGACGUCGCCCGUCUUCGACGAGUUCCUCGAAAUGCUAGGACAGCGGAUUAAAUUGAAAGAUCAUAAAGGGUACCGUGGCGGGCUAGACAUCCAGAACGGGCACACAGGCUCAGAGGCGGUUUACGAGCGGCACGAGGAGCGGCAGAUAAUGUUCCACGUGGCGCCGCUGCUGCCGCACACGGCGGGCGACGCGCAGCAGUUGCAGCGCAAGCGACACGUCGGCAACGACAUUGUUGCCCUCGUCUUCCAGGAAAAAGCGACACCUUUUACUCCAGAUAUGAUCGCCUCGCACUUCCUCCACGCGUUCAUCGUGGUCACGCCUCUGGAGUCGAACGGCGGGGAGACCAGGUACAAAGUGGCCGUCACCGCGCGUGAGGAUGUCCCAUUCUUCGGGCCGACUCUCCCUCAGCCGUCUGUAUUCCGCAAGGGGCGUGAAUUCAAAGAGUUUCUCCUUACCAAGCUCAUCAAUGCAGAGAACGCCUGCUACAAAGCCGCUAAGUUCGCACAACUGGAACUGAGAACGCGGGCUUCUUUACUGCAGAACUUAGCAGAAGAUUUGAAGAGCAAAACGAUAGAGUUUCUUGGUACGGGGGUGAGAAGUGAACCUGUCGCGGUGUCCCCGCAACCGGAGGGGUUUGGUACUCCGAAGCUGGACGGUCCGGGCGCCAGAUUUAUCGAGACUGUGAAGAAAGCAAUUUACAAAGGCAGAUCACCAAGUGACCCAUCUGGGGACAGCACGAAGGGGUCACUUAACAAGAAAAUCAAUAUACACGAUACACCUACCCCAAACAGCGGUCGUUCGAAGACGUCAGUAGCGUCGUCGUCUGCUUCCGCGGUGUCGGUGCGGUCUGCGGGCGGCUCGGGCGGCUCCAGCCCCGACGUGACGUCACGCGCCGCGCCGCCCCGCCCACACCACGACCACAGCGACGACUCCAGCCUCAACUCCGUCGACCUCGACCCGCUCGACGACAAGGACUGGCUGAGUUGUGGUAAAGGCGCAACAGGUACACCAGUAUACGUGGACAGCGACACUGGUCUCGAGUCGAUGUCAUCAGCGGAGGCGGGCGCGGGCGGGUGCGGGGCGGGCGCGGCGCGGGGGGAGGCGGGCGCGCGCGCAGACAUCGACCUGCUCCGCCAGGAGGUGUGCCGUCUCAAGAACGACAAGCUCGACCUUUUGAAACAAAAUAUUACAUGGCAAAACGAGAUAAAAUGCCUUCGGGAGAGGGAGAUCAAACUGCAGAGCGAGUUGAUGUCCUUGUCCAAGGAAAUGAGGAAAAUCCGCGAUCACCAGAGCACCAUCAUACCGAACCCAUCGUCCCAUGACUCCACCGCUUAGAGCGACAAUUACAACAGUUUACCUAUCCUGAGCUAGAGUUGGCACGCCGGACAGAAAGUACUCUUGUCGCUGACGUGCCAAGUUUUAUCUAAACGUACGUUCACUUAUUCGAGAUAAUCAUACGAAACAUAAUUAUCUUUUGAAAAGAAACUAUAUUUGUUCCAAGGUGAUGUGUCGGCAGUGUGUUCGUACGUUUAAAAAAUCUU